GUUGCCGGUGCUGAAAUCGAAGACACGUGGAAGAACGGCAAACAGUUUGUCAAGCUUGCGGUGGAUGUGCAGUAUCCCUGGGAAAUGGAGCCCGUCAAGUAUCACAAGGCACACACUCUAAGCAUCAACGAUCUUUGGGUGGACAAGUAUCCGGUCACCAACGAGGUUUACGCCGCCUUCCUGAAGCAGUCCUCCUAUGCACCGGUCGACUCAGGCAGCUUCUUGCGCCACUGGGGUUGUACCAGCCCGAAAGACUGCUCGGUGCCUCCCGGUAUGGCCAAAAUGCCGGUGGUCUUCGUGAGCCGUCAGGAUGCCGAAGAGUUCUGCACCUUCUACGGCAAGCGGCUUCCAAGAGAAUGGGAAUGGCAAUAUGUUGCACAGGCAGGAGACCCCGAGCGCACGUAUCCAUGGGGAAAGUGGUGGUGGGAGGAAGCUGUCCCCGCCCCACAGGCAAACGCAAGCUUGUUUGCUUUGGGCGAAGUGGGACGGUUCCCGAACGGGUCCAGCCCUGGUGGUGUGGAGGAUUUGGUUGGCCUCGUUUGGCAGUGGACAGAUGAGUACCAGGACGAACAUAAUCGUGCAGCUGUUCUGCGAGGGGGCUCCAUCUUCCAGCCUAAUGCACACGAUUCGGCGGGUGUCCCGCAUCCGCGUUACCAGCCCUGGUACUUUCCUGGCCGCGCUCCAGCAGGAGCUUGGGACGACAAAUGGACCGGUGACCACUACUUCGGCCCGAAGGACUACAGAAGCCUGUUCAAGAACACGGUCCAUGCAAAGUACCUUCUCAUGGCACCCUCCCUGGACAGAGCGGGUACAAUUGGAUUCCGAUGCGUGGCUGAUAGAGCCUGA